GCUCGGUGGAGAGAGAGAGGGACAGUAGCGGAGACUUGAGGAGGAGGUGGAGUCUGUCCCACACUGCAUCUGGCCCGCUCCCCUCUCUGUCACCCCGGGCCAAACCCGCCCAGCUCCUCUCACUCACUCUCUGUCUGUUUUCCCGCACGGCUCGGCCCGGACUCUCACGGCACUCUCUCACACACAGCGAGGACACGGAAUGGAGACGGAAGGGAGCCAGAGCAGCCUGUCCACCACGGACUCCCCUCACGACCCAUGCAAAAUGUUCAUAGGUGGACUCAGCUGGCAAACAACACAAGAGGGGCUGAAGGAGUACUUCUGCAAGUAUGGUGAGGUGAAGGAGUGUAUGGUGAUGCGAGAUCCGGUUACGAAGCGCUCGAGGGGUUUUGGAUUCGUCACCUUUGUUGACCAGGCUGGCGUGGAUAAAGUUUUGGCCCAAACUAGGCAUGAGUUGGACUCCAAAACAAUUGACCCAAAGGUUGCAUUCCCUCGCAGAGCUCAGCCCAAGUUGGUGACUCGAACCAAGAAGAUUUUUGUGGGAGGCCUGUCAGUGAACACAACUAUCGAGGACGUCAAACAGUACUUUGACCAGUUUGGGAAGGUUGAUGAUGCCAUGCUCAUGUUCGACAAGACCACCAACAGACACAGAGGGUUUGGUUUUGUGACAUUUGAAAAUGAGGAUGUGGUGGAGAAGGUCUGUGAGAUCCACUUCCACGAGAUCAACAACAAAAUGGUGGAGUGUAAGAAAGCUCAGCCCAAGGAGGUAAUGUCGCCCACAGGCUCAGCCAGGGGGCGCUCCCGGGUAAUGCCAUAUGGAAUGGACGCCUUCAUGCUGGGCAUCGGUAUGCUGGGUUAUCCAGGCUUCCAGACAGCCACAUACACCAGCCGAAGCUAUGCCGGCAUCACUCCUGGAUACACCUACCAGUUCCCUGAGUUCCACUUAGAGAGGACUCCCCUUCUGACUUCACCCCACCCCCCUGAGCUCACAGCCAUUCCUCUGACAGCAUACGGACCAAUGGCAGCAGCAGCAGCAGCAGCAGUAGUUAGAGGUUCUACCCCGUCUCGCUCAGCUGGAUUUUUAGGUACGAGCAGCCCGGGGCCGAUGGCGGACCUUUAUGGAACAGCCAGUCAGGAGUCCGCUGUCAGCAGUUACCUCAGUGCUGCAAGUCCCGCUCCAAGCACUGGAUUCAGCCAUAGCUUGGGGGGCCCUUUGAUCGCCACAGCCUUCACUAACGGCUACCACUGAGAGAUUUUGUGUCAGUGCAGAGCUGUAGACUGAGAGCUGGAAGGAGUUGAAGCUGUUCUGGAGCUGAUCUGGCCUGUCUCUGUCCUGUGCACCUCCUCGGCGCGGGCCCCCCCUGGCGCGAGCCUGAUCCCAGCCGACCCCACUGACGACUCACCAAACCCCACCUCCUGCAAAAAUAAAAGAGGAGCACAAACAUUUAUCACUACAUGUCAUAGCAACACCUGCAGAUGCUGUAUUUUUAUUAGUGUGUUUUUUUCCUGUUAUUAUGUUUCACCAUGCUGUUUUUCCCCCAGUUGUUGUGUUAUUUCUGCUUUGGUUUUGUUUUAAUGGAUGAUUUGACCUCUGAACCUGAUCUGUCUAAGAUGAGAGGAGUUAAAUCUCCAGCUGAACCCUGUUUACAGGUCAGGACCUGUAAUUUGUACUGGAAGACUGUAUAUUUGUCAGUAGUUCAUACUGAAUUUUAACAAAACAUUUGUGAUUAAUACUGUUGAAAAUGUGUCACAAAUUGUAUAUCUCAGUAGGUUUUUAACAAAGACUUUUUAGACUAAUAAUUGUCAGAUGACAAAGGUCAUUAGCCCCAGUUACAUAAUAGGUGACAUGAGCUGUACAAUUUUGUAAAAUAUUGUAAAUAUGACUCUUUCUGGGGUGGGGUGGGGGGGGUACUCAGUUGAUCUUUGUGUCUGGGAGGUGGGAGGCUGUGGGUAAAUGGAACAAUUGCUUCUUUCAUCAAUCCUUACAUGUUGGAAAGUUUGGCUGUUUUCAUAGUUUCACAUGGAGGGCAAGAACAUUUCAGUUUGUCUGUCUGUCAGUAUAAGAGCGGCUGUCUGCUGUACUCCUCUCCAGGCAUUUAUGAGUUGUGUGUCAUUUGACUAUGUUACUGCAUUCAGAAGCUGCCUCAGAGUUGAAACACUUUCAGCUUUGUGUGUAGCAGGAGACAGCAACACUUCUGGGGAUAUAUGGGUGUAAAAAGCUCAUCUAAUAGAAGAGGAAAAGGACUUGCUGAUUUCUUUGUCAUAUUGUUUUAACUGUGAUUUUCAAUAUGUGAUGAUUGUGAAGGGAAAUGAAGGACUGGUGUGCAGAGGCAGUCACGCACAGUUAACAUGUUUUUGACUGGUUCUCUCUACAGGUUGUGUUGAUGUUUGUGUGAGAGUGGUUUUUAUACACAU